AUGUCUAGUCCACCAUCGGGUGGAUUCGCACUGGUUCGAUAUGCUCGUCGGAUAUCCAAUACAGGUCCAAGCGCCAUGGCUAUUUUCCUUACAGUUUCUGGUGCCUUUGCCUGGGGAAUGUAUCAGGUAAUUAAGAAUGUUUUAGAAGAAAAUUCAAGUGAAAUUAAGAAGAAGCUUGAACCUGUCGUGGUCAACAAGAUUCAAUUUUAUACUCUAAUUGUUAUUCUUUAUUUGUUUGCUGGAUCUGAUGGUCGUGUCUUUGGUGGUGGUCUCGCUGGUCUCUUUAUAGCCGCUGGUCCUGUUCAGGUAAUGGUUGGGACUUUUGUUGCGGGGGGUCAGGCUGAAGAUCCAAAGGCUAGAUACGGUCUCAACAAGCCUGUUGUGACUCAGCCACCACCCGUGUCCGCACCACAACAUGUGUCCUUUUCACAUGAGCCAAGUACUAACGUGGCCCAAGGUUACUACAGAAACAACACUGCUGACCAUAUAAGGGAUCUCUUCUCUUCUCUCCCAGGAGAGGAUGAUGAAGAAGGUGAAGAUGAUGAAGAAUUUGGAGGCCAUACUGAAUCUGAUAACGAGGUUCCAAGCUGA